GAAGAUGGACUACCAGAUUCCUCUACACUUCAGGGCCAUUCCCAAUGAUAUUCAAAAUGAGGAGAUGAUUUCCAUACCCUUAGAAGAUAGUACCGUGGACCAAUCAAAGGCUUCAGGUGAUGCUGAAUUCCGUGCUUUGCAAUCUGCGAUCGUGCAAAUCUCUUCUGUAUGUUCUUCGGAGGAUUGGAAUGGCCAACAGUCAUCAGAAAGUACCACAAAUAAGUCCUAUGAAGAUCAAGAGUUGAGUAAACGUAAAUCUCACUCAGGUUUGCCCAGUCUAUCAUUUCCGGAAAGACAAACCUCCCUUAGCUGGCCUUCGUCACCUAGAGAUAAAAUUACUGCAAAACAUGUACCUUCUUUAGAUAGUUUAUACAUUUACGAACGUUGUUUAUCGAUCCAAGAGGAGCAAAUGAAUUCCAGAUCUCAGAGCAAAUUACCCUUUCUGCUACGCAUUCAUUCCGGACAUUUUCACAUAUGCCUUGGCCUCUGCAGUCAAACGGUUCUCUGGAAAACUCUAGAGGAGAACCCCUUGUCGUUUAUUCGUUUUCCUUUCAAAAUCCCCAGUCACUUCACGUUUGGGCUGUGGUUGCUUGCCUUGUUAGGGUUUCUUGUAAUAUCGGGAGCUUACCUAUUAAAAUGUGUGUUUCACUUCGAGACUGUUCGCAUGGAGUAUUUCGAUCGUGUGAGGGUGAAUUACUUCUUUGUACCUUGGAUCGCAGGCAUGUUGUUAAGGCUUGGGCUUCCUUCUAAUAUAGCUCCCGACAAUGUGCACCCUGUAGUAUGUUGUAUAUUUAUGGUUCCCAUCGCCGUCCUAGAGCUCAAAAUCUACGGCCAGUGGUUUACCAAAGGAAAGAGAUCUCUGGCUCGAGUUGCAAACCCGUCCACCCAUUUGUCCGUAAUCGGUAAUUUCAUGAUAGCCCGAAUCGCAACAAAAGUAGAGUGGAAGGAAAUUGCUUUUUUCUUCUUUACUGUGGGAUUAAUUCAUUACGCCGUUGUGUUCAUAACGCUUUACCAGAGACUGUCCACAGAUAUCACGGCUUCCAGGAAAAUAUGCCCGGUGUUCUUUCUGUUUAUUGCAGCUCCAAGCUCGGCAAGCGUGGCGUGGGAAGCAAUAUCGGGCUCAUUCGAUACGUUCUCCAAGAUGCUGCUUUUUCUCUCACUUUUCUUGUGCUCGGCCUUGAUAAUGAGAAUCGAUUUCUUCCGCGACAGCAUGCGGAGAUUUUCAAUGAUCUCGUGGGCAUGCGCAUAUCCAAUUACGACAACGUCAGUAGCCACACUAAAGUAUGCAGAGAGCGUGAAGCAUCCCAUUGCUCGUACAUUGGCUUAUGCUCUCUCUUCGAUCUCCAUGGUAAUGAUAUUAAUUCUUGCACUGUUAACUAUUGUCAACAUGGUAGUGGCUAGGGACCACCUAUUUCCCAACGAUACCGUCAUCACCAUUUGCUCUGAGACACAGAGAAAAGUUCUGGUCAUUCCAAAUGAUAUUCAUAAUGAGGAGAUGAUUUCAAUAAAUUUAGGAGAUAGUACCGUGGAACAAUCAAAGGCUUCAGGUGAUGCUGAAUUUCGCGCUUUGCAAUCUGCAAUCGAGCCCAUCACUUCUGUACGUUCUUCGGGGGAUUGCAAUGGCCAACAGCUAUCAGAAAGUACUACGAAUAAGUCAUAUGAAGAUCAAAAGUUGAGUAAAGGUAAAUCUUACCCAGGCUUGCCCAGACUAUCAUUUGCGGAAAGACAAACCUCCCUUAGCUGGCCUUCGUCACCUAGAGAUAAAAUUACUGCAAAACAUGUACCUUCUUUAGAUAGUUUAUACAUCUACGAACAUUGUUUAUCGAUCCAAGAGAUCGCAGAGGAAAUUACCCUUUUUGCUACGAAUUCAUUCCGGACAUUUUCACAUAUGCCUCGGCCUCUGCAGUCAAACAGUUCUCUGGAAAACUCUGCAGGAGAAUCCCUUGUCGUUUAUUCGUUUUCCUUUCAAAAUCCCCAGUCACUUCACGCUUGGGCUGUGGUUGCUUCCCUUGCUAGGGUUUCUUGCAUGUUGUUAAGGCUUGGGCUUCCUUCUAAUAUAGCUCCUGAGAAUGUGCACCGUGUGGUAUGUUGUAUUUUUAUGAUUCCCAUCGCCGUCUUAGAGCUCAAAAUCUACGGUCAAUUCGUUCACCAAAAGAAAGAGAUCUCUGGCUCGAGUUGCAAACCCUUCCUCCCAUUUGUCCGUAAUCGGAAAUUUCAUGAUAACCCGCAUCGCAAGAAAAAGUAG